GCUCCAUCCCGUCACCACUCCUAUCCUUUUCCUGUUCCGAAGCGAUACGAGCUUAGUUUACUAUGGCAUGCUGCGGGCGGUCUCUGGACUCCCCUUGCACACUGGCUUUGCUGGUGGGCUUCCAGUUCGCCUUCGUGCUCUACUUCUCCCUCGGAGGCUUCAAAGGCUUGGUAUCCGUGCUGGUUCACACCACGGAGGCCGAGUUUGAUUACUCGCGACCCCAUGACGUCUACACCAACCUCAGUUACCUGAGAGCGCCGCCUCAUCCGCCUUGGAAUUCCGGCACCGGACCCCCAGCAACGGGGCCACCGCUGGCAGAUUGUCAGAUUGUCUCUCCGCUGCUGGUCGGACCGGUGUCCGUCCAGCUUUCCUCGCCUCUGACUUUAGAGGAGAUCAGACAGAGGAACCCGUUAGUGUUGCCGGGUGGUCGCUACCGUCCGCCGGACUGUGAACCUCGACACCACACCGCCAUUGUGGUACCAUACCGGAACCGUCAGACUCACCUGCGUGCCCUCCUGUAUCACCUCCAUCCUUUCCUGCAGAGGCAGCAGAUCCACUACAGCAUCUACAUCGUUCAGCAGUGGGGGAAUAGCACCUUCAACCGAGCCAAGCUGCUGAACGUUGGGGUGCGGGAAGCCCUCCGAGAUGAAGACUGGAGCUGCAUCUUCCUCCAUGAUGUGGACCUGCUGCCUGAGAAUGACCACAACACCUACAGCUGCCACAAACAGUUCCCCACGCAUCUGUCUGUGGCCAUGGACAAGUUCAGAUACAGGCUACCCUACCCACAGUAUUUUGGAGGGGUGUCUGCAGUGACCCCAGACCAGUAUAUGAAGAUGAACGGCUUCCCGAACCAGUAUUGGGGCUGGGGGGGCGAGGAUGAUGAUAUUGCUGCAAGAGUGCGCCUGUCCGGCAUGAAGAUUGUGCGCCCCCCAGUGGCCAUCGGUCAUUACAAAAUGAUCAAGCAUAGAGGAGACAGAGGAAAUGAGCAAAACCCACGCAGAUUCGACCUCCUGAAAAGAACCAGACUAAACUGGCGUUCCGACGGCCUCAACUCCUUGACUUACGAGCUCCUUUCAAAAGAGAUGGAGCCGCUCUACACGAACCUGACUGUCAACAUCGGAGAAGAUCCUCAUCAACCGUUGGGGAAAAGUAGCACCCCUGCUCAUCAACGGAACGCCUCCAAGACCGCAUCCACGGACAAUCAGGAGACGAAAAAUCCACACAGCAAAAAAGGAUCUGUAAAUGUCACUGUGAGCAAACCCGACGGCGUGGACACAAAACCUAAUCGGACAAAAGCAGCUAACGAAACGACGCAGGAGAAAAGAGAAAAGCUGUAGCACGGAACCGCAUCAGUCACGACUGAUGCCAGGAUCCCACGGUAGACCGGUUAUCUCAGCUUAGUGCAGGUUUUGAGAUUCAUUCAAUUCGGGGAGCCACUUGGUUCCGAGAAAGUGCAGAAAAUGCAUCUGGAAAUAGGUGCAGAUUCCCGGAAGAUCUAGAAAGCUCUCUUGAACAAAUUAGAGAAGAAACUUGUGCCUUGUCUCUUUUAUAAACUGCUACCAACCUGAGAUUCAUUGGACCUCUUACUGCCUUGCGGAAGGGAGGCCAGACUUGAACCGCUACUACAGAACUACAGUUUUAUAUCAGUGUGGUCACUAGAUAUUAUAUUUAUAUAUAUAGAUAUAUAUAGAUAUAUAUACAUAGAGAAAGGUCUUUAUUUCUGUACUUCUUGCUUCAUUCUGCUGCUUUUCAAUUUGAGUUACUAGACAAUCAAACCAUAAGGGAGCAGAAUAUUAUUCAUCACUAGCGAGGUAAUAUAACCGUCAGAUCAUCAUACACUUGGCAUGUUAUUAAUUCUACUCUCGUUACAUGACCGAACGAUGCUUCUUGAUAUUAUCUGUGGUACGGCGGACAAUAUUUAAGGCUCUUUAUACUACCUAAUAUCUAGUGUGACAAUGUUAUGCAAAGACAAUGUAACUGUUUCACUUUUUUGUUUUAAAUGUAUAAUAGCAGUUAUGAAAUGUGAUGCUUUUAUUUACAGUAGGCGGGGCGCCGUCGGAACACAUACAUACACAUACACAUACAUACACACAUACACACAUUCAUACAUACAUACACACAUACACAUACAUACCCCAUACAUACACAUA